GUUGGGACAUUGUUAGUGUUGUGAAGCCACUAGUAAACAGCCUGACUGCAGGAACUGGCAGACAUCACUGUGGGCCUGGUUGUGUCUCCUGCUGCUGCACACUUGUGGCAAGUGUUUGGGCAGAUGCUGUAGAGUUAUUUGACCAGACCACACACUAGAAAGUGAAGGGACGACGACGUUACGGUCCGUCCUGGACCAUUCUCAAGUCGGUUGAGAAUGGUCCAGGACGGACCGAAACGUGGUCGUCCCUUCACCUAGUGUGUGGUCUGGUCGAAUUACUUUAGCCACGUUAUUGUGACUCCUCGCCUGCCUGUAGCGUUAUGAGAGGUGUUUGGGAGCCACCUGUUGGUUCAGAGGGUCAGCACCUGAGGUGCAAGAGGUCGGCCAGUUAUGUCCCGUGUGUGGGAAUGCUUCAGUAGUCCAGGUGAACAGCACAGAAUGGCAACUGAUCAGUGUAAAAGGGUUUCCUCGCCUAAUGUCGAAGAUCAGAUAUCUGAAACAUGGUCGUCUAUAUUCAUAAAUGGAUUUGGAACUAUGACUUACUCUACAGUGUUUGUCAAGCAAUUAGUUUCAGUGGCAUUGUCGACCAUCACUUAUCUGCGCGCCCUUUUUCCAGAGGAUGCAUAUAGCGACAAAUAUGUUGGUGGUGUAAACCUCAAGCUCUUGAUGUCAAGGAGCCAACACAUUGGACCCAAUUCUUUUGUGGAGAAUAUAGAAGCAUGUUUUGAUGCCCUAGAGAAGCAGUAUCUGAGGGAGUUAAAUUUAAUAAUAUAUGAGCAGGACCCAGAUUUUCCUCUAGAGCUCUAUGUUUUCAAGUUCCAUUAUACUGGUGGUUCGGCAGUUCUCUCCUAUUUCAAAGGCUUUAACAAAUUGAAUGAAAAGAUGUUAAACAUUCAGGUCUGUACAAUGAAGAUGCUUCGGUCAAUUAUCAUGAAGAUACAGGAGUUUGAUCAGCUUCCAGAUAGUGUAUCAUGUGGCUUCAAGUUAUUGUAUUAUGAUGAUGUAACUCCAUCAGACUAUGAACCUGUUGGUUUUGUGCCAGUCAUAACCUGUGACACCAAGUUUUCCUCUCAUCCAGUAAACAUUAAGAUGGGUAGCGUUCAAACAUCGCACCACAAAGUGAGUCUUAAUGUUUCAACGGCUUACAAUGGCAGCUUGCUUAGUAGAGCUUGUGAUACAGAAUACCACCCUUGUCUUAUGCUGCAAUCAGAUACCUUGGAUCUUGUCAAUGGCAAUGAGCAUCCCCGUGUAAAAAAAAAAUCUUCUCCAUGCUAUGAGCUUGACAUACAUCGUUCUUUGAAAGCAGUAUCAGGAGCCAAGAGGAAAAAGAUUCGUGGUAAUUUGGGUUUACUUAGAAACCCUGAAAGGUCACCCACACUGAGAAAGAACACCACCUUGUACUCUGCUCAACACACGCUGCUUCAUCAAGAAUUGCUUCACAAAAACUUUGACAACAGUGAUAUAAAUUCAACUUCUUGGUUAAAUACAGCAUCUACUAAAGAUAAGAAUCUUUACUCUUUAUUUGGAAGAAUGGAUGUGAUUCGAUGCCCUUGUGGUGUGUGCAAAGAGGAUGGUCCCACGAUUACGUGUGUUCUCUGCAAUCUCCGUCAGCACGCGGCUUGUUUCAAGUUGUUGGAUGUAAAAGAUACACAUUUCAUCCAUGUAUGUGAAUUAUGCACUGACACAGCCCAUCCCUGCACUGACUAUACCCUCGUGAACACAGAUCUUGCCCAGGUGAGAGAAACUUGUUUAUUUCGCCGUUUGUUGGUCCAUCUGCGUAAUGACACGAACUACCACACCCCUGCCUCUUUGGCCCAAUUACUGCAUGUGAGCACGAAUGUGGGCAAAAGACUUAUGGUGCGUUUGCAGUCUGAAGGUGCCUUGGUCUGUGAACCGUGUAAUGAUCCCCGAGGAAGACUGGUGGAUCAGACUAUGCUGCUUUUAUACGUUAUCCCUUAUGUCUUUGGCAAGAAUGAUCUGCCCUCUAGUCCAUCAAUGUAUUCGCCAUCAUUACAAAUCAUUAGAGACAUUGUCAGCUGAGUGAGUAAAAUUUUUAUAAAAUAAUGAAUAGUUUUCAUCCGACAUUAAAAUUAGUGAUAAAAUGUGAAACAUGUAAAGGAAUGUGGGGGACAAGAUUUACUGUGCAAUGUAAAAACUAACCCACUGCAUUGUUAAGAGAUAAUCAUAAAACAAACAAAAAAAGAGGGAUAUACAGUCUUUUAUUUACUUUGAAAUAAGAUGGAAGAUGAUUGUUUAGAUUUCUUUAGACUUGCACUUUUUUCUUUAUAAUAUGUUUUAUCUGAUGGUUUUAAGACCUAUAAAAAAUAGAUUUAUUUCUUAUUUAUAUUACCUAUACCAUGAAGUUAAUGUAAAUAUGGCACUGUAUAUAGAAAAAUUGAUAGUGCAAUAAAUAUCUCCUGAGAGAAAUUUGUUGUUGAAUAUUAGAAGGUUGGUAAUUGAAAUGAGCAAAGGUUUAGUUAGAUUUCAGUGGCAAAUGCAUUUUUAUAAGUACUAUAAUUACAUAGUGACUUGUUGAGUUACUGCAAAACUUGCUUUCCUAACAACUUUAUCCUAAUUUAUGUUGUUUGUAGCAUUUGCAUCAUUUGUUUUUAUAAGGUGUUCUCAAGUGGUCAGAGCAGUCGGCUCACAACUGAAUGGCUCCUGGUUCCGUUUCAAUUCAGGACCUGGCGUUUGAUCACAUUUCCUUGCACAUGAUGCCUCCAUUCAUCUAGCCAGUAACUAGGUACUUGGAAGUUAGGCAACUGUUGUGAGUUACAUCCUGGGGGAGGUCAGUCAUUGCCUAGUGGGACCUCAAUCCCAACAGGUUUGCUGCUCCCGAUGCUGGGAAAUUGCAAAGUAAUUCCCUUAUUAUUUGUAUCUGCUAUUUUUCCCCAUAUGUCUCAUUAAUAAGUUGGAAAGGCAUCAGACUGGAGAAGAUAGGAGAGCACUAUAGGAUAAGGAAAAAAUGCUCAAAUUGAUAUACUGUAUAUAAAAUAAAUGCACAAGGAAAUCACAAUGUGAUGUAUCAAUGAGAAAAUCAGUAGGAGCCAUGAGGAGGAUUCAAACCUAUGCUCUGUAUACUCCCAAGCACAUGCCUUAGACCUCUACACCAUGAUGUGUUCAAAAGCAAUGCAACCUGAGAUUCAACUAAAUCCUCUAGCGGUUCCAAGGCUUUAGCUCAAGCCAAGUCAGGAUUUUCACCUCUCGUGGCUCCUUCUGAUUUUCUAAUGGAUGCAUCAGGUUAAUGCGACAUCUUUGUGCAUUUAAAGAAAAGCGUUGGAGGUGAACUCCUUUUACCACACAAUGUUGCAUAUUUGAGGGACAUUUUCAAGUGCGAAAUGCCGCUUGAAAAUCCGUGUUCAAAAAAAUGCAGAAUGCUAUAUACUGUACAAUUGAAUUAAAUAAUGUUAACUAAAUAAAGAUAUUUUAAUUUGCAA